AUGCCGCCCAGCGGGGGCAGGGCCCGUAACAUCUGCAUCUGGUUCAUCUCCUGCCUCUUCUUCCUCAUCAUCCUCGCCGGAGGAGCAUUUCUCGUGCUGUUCGUCACCUUGCCUGAAACGAAAGACACAGUCUGGUUCCCGAUCGCCGGCAUGGUCCUAGUGGGCAUCCCCUGGGUCUUCUGGUUCAUGACAUGCAUCUACCGAUCCAUUACGCCAGAAAGACGCGGAGGAGGAGACCGACCGCCGACCAAAGCUGAAGCUGUGCCGGGUGGUGCAACGCCCACUAAAGCGGCUGCCACCGCCGCAGGUGACUCCCCUAUUGACUCUCCUGGCGGUGCAAGGAGGGUGAGGUUCGGCAACGCUACCCCCAUCGGCGCCAAGACCGACGCGGUAGAUACAAGCGCGACUUCGCCGGGAGGAGAGGCCAACGCAGACACGCAUGCCACGGUUGCAUCAAGCGAGGGUUCGUCUCUCAAUUCGCCCGAGAACGAGAUGGCUUUGGCUGUCGCCAUUUCCUGA